CUGUUCUUAGGAGCUGCCAUCUCUGAUACAAGCCUGCUGAAAAGACCAAUGGGGAAGAGCAACAAUUUCACAGAAUUUGUUCUCCUGGGCCUCACUCAGGAUCCUGCUGGGAGAAAAGCAUUGUUUGUCAUAUUCUUACUCAUCUACAUUGUGACAAUGGUGGGCAACAUACUCAUUGUGGUGACAGUCAUUACCAGCCCCUCCUUGGGCUCCCCAAUGUACUUUUUCCUUGCCUCUCUAUCACUCUUGGAUAGUCUUUUCUCCACUGCCAUCUCACCCAAGUUGAUUAUUGACUUACUCUGGGAUCAAAAGACCAUCUCCUUCACAGCUUGCAUGAGCCAGCUCUUUAUAGAGCAUUUAUUUGGUGGUGUUGAUAUUGUCAUUCUGGUGGCAAUGGCCUAUGAUCGCUAUGUGGCAAUUUGUAAGCCACUGCAUUAUUUGACCAUCAUGAAUCGUAGGGUUUGCAUCACUUUGUUGAUAUUUGCCUGGACUGGAGGUUUUACACACUCUCUGAUUCAAAUUGUCUUUGUAUACAACCUUCCUUUCUGCGGCCCUAAUGUCAUUGAUCAUUUUAUUUGUGACAUGUCCCCCUUACUGGUACUUGCAUGCACAGACACUUACUUCAUUGGCCUCACUGUCAUUGCUAAUGGUGGAGCCAUGUGCAUUGUGAUCUUCAUCCUCCUCCUAGGCUCCUAUGGAAUCAUCCUAAGAUCUCUUAAGGCUCACAGUCAGGAAGGAAGGCGCAAAGCCCUGUCCACAUGCAGCUCCCACAUCUUGGUGGUUGUUCUCUUUUUUGUUCCAUGUAUUUUUAUGUAUGCCAGACCAGUUUACAACUUUCCUAUUGAUAAAUGCAUUACUGUUUUUUAUACGAUUAUCACUCCCAUGUUGAACCCUUUAAUAUACACCUUGAGAAAUUCAGAGAUGAAAAGUUCUAUGGUAAAGCUUUGGUGUAAAAUGUUACCUGCAGAUUAAACUGGAAAGCCUCCUAGGUGAAAUUACUUUUGAUAUUUGAAUAAAAUCAGUUAUGGAAAAUUAUAAAAAAGGAUGAUGAUACCAUCU